AUGGCAAAUGAAAGUUUGACACAAUUGCUUUCCCAAUUGAAUGUUCAAUCGACAAAGGACGAGUUUGCUAAAGUAGAGCAAACGUGCAUGAAUGUAUUGAAUAAUGGUUCUAGCAGCGUCGAUCUGGGAGCGGUACUGAAAGCUUACUUGGUGGCGUCGAUCAAACAGGACAAAUAUGACCAAGGUUUUAGAAUACUGUCGGAAAAAAAGGAAAUUGCCGAACGUUAUGGCGACCAAAUCGCCUUAGAGAAACUGUACAUCUACUAUAAAUUGAAUGAAACCCGUAAAUUCGAGGAGCUUUAUAGCGAAUUAGUUCCACAGUCGAUUGAUGCAAUAGCGGACAAAUCAGAGAUUGAAACUUUAUCGAUCAGAGGGUUCCUUCAUGUGAGAGCCCAGUUUUGUUACAAGAAUGGACUAUAUGACGAGACACAGAAAAUAUAUCACUACUUGGCGUCGCACAAUUCACGAGGAACUGAUAAUGACUUGGAACUACAAUGCAACGAAAGAGUGCCCCUAGCUGCGAAUGCGUCACUUGCCCUCGACACAGAUAUUUCGACCGUUUCCGAAGAAUCGUAUGAUCUUCUUUACAACAACUCCAUGAUCCUAUCUGCGAGGGGCGAGUACGAGCAAGCCAUAGAGCUAUUAAAGAGAGCGGGCGAAAUGGCUGUGAAAGACGGUUACGAGAGCGAUAUAAAUGCCAUUGAGUUGCAACUUUCUUUUGUUUAUCAGAUGGUUGGCAACACAAAACAAAGUAAGGAAUUGCUGGACAAACUGAUUUCAAAGCUGGAUAAGAACUCUCCUAUUGCCUUGUUGGCCAACAUGAACAAAAAAGCAUUUAUUAACUUUUCAAAAUACAAGACAAACCUAAACCUCGUCCUGAGGGAACUCAAUCCGGAAGCACUUAAUGGAAUCAACAAACAGCACUUUACUCAGGAACAGUGGUCUGCAAUAAACCGAAACUUACUAUUUCUUCACUUGUUCAACAGCGACAGUAUACAAUCAAAGAGCUCGCUGCUAUCGCGCACAUUGCAUAAUUACAGGAAGAUAGUGAAUAACAUGAACUUUGAGAGCUAUGAAUCGCAAGCCAAAAAGCUGUAUCAUCAGGCUCUGAAAAUGAUUGAAAGCGGCCCUAAUGGUAGUGUGAUUGGCUUUCUUCUUUUAACAAUACAGCUUCAAGUGAUAGAAAAACAAUGGGAUAAUGCUAUCAGGCUUGGAGAGCGUUUUCUAAAUAGGCUAUGGGAAAGGCGCCCAACACCGGAAAUUCAGAGUUCAAGCGAUCGAGAGAAUAUUCAAGCGAUUUGCUACAUUCUCUUGGAACUAUACAAAAUUACUGGCAGAAAUAACUCGAAAACCAUACUUUUGAACCAUUUAAUGAAAGAUUUCUCAUUGCUCAAUUUGUCCGCACAGGCCAGUAGUGAAAUUUCCUUUUGGAAGCAUAUUGCCUUCGAGCAUUUAGAGCAGACAGAUCUGAAAAACGCCAAGAGCCUUUUCGAAAAGGUUUCGAAAUGUUGCAGUGACCGAUUAAUCAACAAAAUCCUAUCAGACGAGGAUUUGGAUGCAGAAGAAGGUGCCCAAAUUACGCAAGGUGUCGAUGUUGAAGCUGUAAUUGCAGCUGGGGUGAAACCUUUGGAACCAACUAAGGCUUCGAAUAAUGUCGCCAAUUUAUUUAUGGUUAAAAAAGUCCGGGCAGAUCGAGUCAGGGACCGUAAAAAGAGGGAACGUUUGGCCAGAUUCAUCAAACACCAUGGCAUUAAGGGAACUUUAGAUCCCGAAAGAUGGCUUCCAAAAAAGGACAGAACCAGUUAUAGACCCAAAAAGAGGCAACUCGCCAAGCAAACCCAGGGAGGUGCUGUCAGCAAGAAGGCAGAACAGGCUCUUGAUAUCUCCAAAAAAACUGCCAAAAGUUCGAAGAAAGCCAAGAAUAGAAAGAAAUGA